AUGACGCCACCCACCUGCCUGUUUCACCAGCUCCUCCCUGGCCUCCUGUUUCUGACCUGGCUGCACACAUGCCUGGCCCACCAUGACCCCUCCCUCAGGGGGCACCCCCACAGUCACGGUACCCCACACUGCUACUCGGCUGAGGAACUGCCCCUCGGCCACGCCCCCCCCCACCUGCUGGCUCGAGGUGCCAAGUGGGGGCAGGCUUUGCCUGUAGCCCUGGUGUCCAGCCUGGAGGCAGCAAGCCAUAGGGGGAGGCACGAGAGGCCCUCAGCUACGACCCAGUGCCCGGUGCUGCGGCCAGAGGAGGUGUUGGAGGCAGACACCCACCAGCGCUCCAUCUCACCCUGGAGAUACCGUGUGGACACGGAUGAGGACCGCUAUCCACAGAAGCUGGCCUUCGCCGAGUGCCUGUGCAGAGGCUGUAUCGAUGCGCGGACGGGCCGCGAGACAGCUGCGCUCAACUCCGUGCGGCUGCUCCAGAGCCUGCUGGUGCUGCGCCGCCGGCCCUGCUCCCGCGACGGCUCGGGGCUCCCCACACCUGGGGCCUUUGCCUUCCACACCGAGUUCAUCCACGUCCCCGUCGGCUGCACCUGCGUGCUGCCCCGUUCAGUGUGACCGCCGAGGCCGUGGGGCCCCUAGACUGGACACGUGUGCUCCCCAGAGGGCACCCCCUAUUUAUGUGUAUUUAUUGUUAUUUAUAUGCCUCCCCCAACACUACCCUUGGGGUCUGGGCAUUCCCCGUGUCUGGAGGACAGCCCCCCACUGUUCUCCUCAUCUCCAGCCUCAGUAGUUGGGGGUAGAAGGAGCUCAGCACCUCUUCCAGCCCUUAAAGCCGCAGAAAAGGUGUCACACGGCUGCCUGUACCUUGGCUCCCUGUCCUGCUCCCGGCUUCCCUUACCCUAUCACUGGCCUCAGGCUCCCCCAGGCUGCCUCUUCCCAACCUCCUUGGAAGUACCCCUGUUUCUUAAACAAUUAUUUAAGUGUACGUGUAUUAUUAAACUGAUGAACACA